CGCGACGUCUUGUGCUGCCUGCUCAUAAUUGCACGAUUGGCCAAAAUGCUGCACGACAAGCGCUUCUCGCGAAUAGGUCAAACAUUGUGGUGGUCCUCAAGGUUUCCUAGCCUCUAGGCGGUCUAUCUGAUUACACGAUCACCACACCGGCUGUCACAGUUACCGAUAGCCGACGAAGGUGAGCGAUGAAUGUCGCAAUGUCGAGCUUUUUACAGACAAGAACGCUGAUUUCUUCAUAAAAUACGUGAAAAUAACUCAACCAGUCCAUAUGAACGGCAUCCCACAUUUUGACGAGUUUCUUCGAUCUGGACGUAUAACGGUCCAGAAGAACUCGUAAACCUGUUUUACUUGAGGGAAUGCAGCUGUCAAGAACUUUAGGUCAUGGUUACGACCAACGUAGGGCUCGGCAGGCGUGGAUGAUACCCGUCAACGAUGGGGAAGGGUCGAGAAAUUGUAGUCGAUCAGCAACGGUGGGUAGGAAGCCAAUUGUUGAGCUCAGAAUUGAGGCUGUUUUGCAUGUUCAAUGACGGUGGAGCGGAGAGGAAUCAGCAAAUGGGUGUCAAUUGUGAUUUUGGCGAGGGAGAGUAUUUAGCGAGUGUAGCACAACUUCGUCCUCGUAAGAAGCUUGAAGAGGUGCUCGCGGUUAAUGCGGACGAUGUAUCCAGAUUUGAGUUCCUCGGCUCGGGCAUGGAGAGAGUCUCAGCUCGCUAUCUGCAGCUGCUGUUGAAUGGUUUACCAGAAGCUCAUGGCACAACCGUUGAAUUAACGCGAAAUUCCGGCUCAUAG